UUUUACUCCGGUCUCUCCACCUGUGUUUCCUCCUUCGCACCUUUUCUUCUUCUUGAUUAUUUCUUCCCAUCUUUUACUUCAAUUAUUAUUCUCCAUCCCAAAUUUUGAUUUGAAUAAGCCAUUGCUCUCAGAAUAUUUCUUUUCAAAGCAAUCAAUUAACACAUCAACUUAGUCGUCAUUGAUGGUUGGGGUGUCGCCGGCCCCGACUCCCGCAAGGACGGUGAUGCCAUUCUCGCCGCAGAGACUCCCUUCAUGUCCGGCUUCGCUGAAAAGGACUCCAAGACUGCCCAGGGUUACACCGAGCUCGAUGCCUCAUCCUUGGCUGUCGGUUUGCCCGAGGGCCUCAUGGGCAACAGUGAGGUCGGUCACUUGAACAUUGGUGCCGGUCGUGUUGUUUGGCAGGACAGUGUUCGCAUCGAUCAGACCCUUAAGAAGGGCGAGCUCAACAAGGUCGACAACGUUGUCGCCUCCUUCAAGCGGGCUAAGGAGGGCAAUGGCCGUCUGCACCUGUUGGGUCUGGUCUCCGACGGUGGUGUCCACUCCAAUAUCACUCACCUGGUUGGUCUGUUGAAGGUCGCCAAGGAGAUGGAGAUCCCCCACGUCUACAUCCACUUCUUCGGUGAUGGACGCGAUACCGAUCCCAAGAGUGCCGCCAAGUACAUGCAGCAGCUGCUUGACCAGACCAAGGAGAUUGGCAUCGGUGAAAUUGCUACCGUCGUUGGUCGCUACUGGGCCAUGGAUCGCGACAAGCGCUGGGACCGUGUUGAGGUCGCUAUGAAGGGUAUUGUCACCGGAGAGGGCGAGGACAGCGAGGAUCCCGUCAAAACCAUCAACGAGCGCUACGAGCAGAAGGAAACCGACGAGUUCCUCAAGCCUAUCAUUGUUGGUGGCAAGGACAGACGCGUGCAGGACAACGACACCUUAUUCUUCUUCAACUACCGCUCCGACCGUGUUCGUGAGAUCACCCAGCUGUUGGGUGACUACGACCGCUCCCCCAAAGCCGACUUCCCCUACCCUAAGGACAUCCAUAUCACCACCAUGACCCAGUACAAGACCGACUACACCUUCCCCGUUGCCUUUCCUCCCCAGCACAUGGGUAACGUUCUGGCCGAGUGGCUCAGCAAGAAGGACCUUAAGCAGUGCCACGUUGCCGAGACCGAGAAGUAUGCCCACGUCACCUUCUUCUUCAACGGUGGUAUCGAGAAGCAGUUCGAUGGUGAGGUGCGCGACAUGAUCCCCUCGCCCAAGGUUGCCACCUACGACCUUGACCCCAAGAUGAGUGCCAAGGAGGUUGGUGAGAAGAUGGCCGAGCGUCUUGGUGAGGGCAACUUCGAGUUCGUUAUGAACAACUUCGCUCCCCCCGACAUGGUCGGCCACACCGGUGUCUACGAAGCCGCCAUCGAGGGUGUUGCUGCCACUGAUAAGGCUAUUGGCGUCAUCUACGAGGCCUGCAAGAAGAACGGUUACGUUCUGUUCAUCACUGCUGACCACGGAAAUGCCGAGGAGAUGCUCAAUGAGAAGGGCACCCCUAAGACCUCCCACACCACUAACAAGGUUCCUUUCAUCAUGGCCAACGCCCCUGAGGGUUGGAGCCUUAACAAGGAGGACGGUGUCCUCGGAGAUGUUGCUCCCACUAUCCUGGCUGCCUUGGGCGUUGAGCAGCCUGAGGAGAUGUCUGGACGCAGUCUUUUGGUCAAGGCAUAGAUUUUGCGUAUAGAGUAUAGUUCAGGUUUCUAGAUACGGCGAUUUAUGAAGCGAUGAAUUUUAAUGGAGCGCCCAAAGGGCAUCAAAGUGAAC